AUGAAAAACGUAUACGUUAUAGCAGCUAAACGUACACCUUUUGGUAAUUAUGGAGGCAAGCUCAAGGACAUUACAGCUACUGAUCUGUGUGCACACGCAGCUAAGGCGACACUUGCAGCUGUUAAUCUUGAUCCGGCGCUUGUAGAUACGGUCCAGAUUGGCAACGUGGCUCCCACCUCCCCCGAUGGCGCGUAUAUUGCACGUCAUGUGCAGUUAAAAGCUGGUAUUCCACAGGAUAAACCAGCUCUUACCAUCAAUCGCUUAUGUGGUAGUGGUUUCCAGUCUGUUGUAGGAGGAAUGCAUGAGAUUUUGCUAGGAGAUGCUGAGAUUGCACUCUGUGGUGGUGCUGAGAAUAUGUCACAGAGUCCACUGGCAGUUUAUGGCCAUGAGUCACGCUUUGGUGUCGGUCUUGGAGCAGGAAUGAAGCUACAGGACACAUUAUGGUCAGCACUUACGGAUUCUUAUGCUAAGACACCGAUGGGCAUAACAGCGGAAAAUCUGGCAGCAAAAUACAAUAUCAGUCGAGAAGAUUGUGACGCUUUUGGACUUCGUAGUCAAACAUUGUGGGCCAAAGCUCAAGAUGCAGGAUGGUUUGAUGCCGAGAUGGCACCAUUGGAAGUUCGAGUGGGACGGAACACGGAGGAAUUUGCAGUAGAUGAAUCCCCUCGUGUUGUCGACUUGAUGAAAUUGGCUAAAUUGAAGCCUGUGUUUAAGAAGGAUGGAGUGGUGACUGCAGGCAAUGCUUCUGGUAUCUCAGACGGUGCUGGGACUGUACUCUUGGCUUCCGAAGACGCAGUGAAGAAGCACAAUUUGACUCCUUUGGCACGUGUGAUGAGUUACCAAGUAUCAGGUGUAGAUCCAACUAUCAUGGGUAUUGGCCCUGUGCCUGCUAUCACAGGCGCAUUGAAACGCGUGGGACUGAAGAAAUCGGAUAUUGACAUUUAUGAUAUCAAUGAAGCGUUUGCGGCACAGUGGCUCUCGUGCGUGAAGGAGCUAGAGCUUGAUCCAGAAAUUGUGAAUCAAAGCGGUGGUGCUAUUGCUCUCGGACAUCCACUAGGCGCCUCGGGUAGCCGUAUCACGGCCCACCUUGCGCACACACUGAAGCGAACGGGAAAGAAAUAUGCGGUUGGAUCAGCUUGCAUUGGCGGGGGACAGGGUAUUGCAUUAGUACUCGAGAACGCGUCAUAA